AUGCUCAUCCCGGAUCUCGGAUCUCUCCUUCUGGAGCGCCAGGCGGCCAGCCCAUCAACCCCCCAAUACAAGAACGAGUCGAACGCUUCAACCUUGCUCGCUAUUCACGGCACUUUUUGUGGUGUUGCAGUUCUGUCGGUCUUGUUGAGACUCUAUGUGAGGAUUUUCAUGAUCAAAGGCAUCGGAGCCGACGAUUAUAUUAUUGCUGUCGCAGCGGUUAUUUCCAUCGCAGUUGUGAUAUGCUUUGCUGGUGAAUCUGCGGCUGGUGGCCUAGGCCGACAUCCAGCUCUUGUUUCCUCGAGCGAUUGGUCAAAUUUUCUGCAUUGGCGGUUUUAUCACUCCAUAAUUGUCAUGGUGGGAAUCUCUCUGGUCAAGAUCUCCAUCGCUUGCUUCCUCCGCCGAUUCGCAACGCAGAAGAACUAUCAGCGUGCCUUGAUCGGCUCAAUCAUCUUUCUGGUUGCAUUCACACUUUCAUGCGCCGGCACCUUGAUAUUCAAUUGUGGUUCACACCCAUCAGCGAACUGGGACUUCGCCCUGCGAAGCCACGUCAAAUGUUUCUCCAACAAGACCUUCACGGAUAUUGGCAUAUUUAACAGCAGCAUCAACAUCGCCACCGAUGUCCUCUUCGCCAUUUUACCAGUACCUAUAGUCUGGAAUUUGCAGACUAACCUGCGGACCAGGCUUACCCUCAUUUUCAUUCUAAGUUUGGGUCUAUUUGCCUGUGCUGCCAGUAUCGUCAAGACCGUGUACCAAUCCCAGGCGCUUGGAAACCCUGACUGGACAUUUCAUGACAGCUUCUUCAUGUGGAACAAUAUUGAAUUCAACAUUGGAAUCUUAGCCGCCUCGUUGCCGGCCCUGCGCCCCCUGUUUGCCAAGAUCCUUGGUGUCACACAGAAAUUGACCUCGAGCGCAACUCGGAGCAAACAGAAUUAUGCAGGGUACGACGCCGAUGGCCUUGCGUACCGUAAGAACGAUACACGAAACUCGCGCAAUCCUGCACGACAAUAUUAUCAGUUUGGGUCGCGCCACUCGACCGAGCUGAAUGACUUGCAUAGGGGAGCUAGCAAACGAGCAUUCGGCGAGGAUGGAGAUAAGAUACGGGGAGUGACCAGCACCGUCACCGCUGGUGAUGAUGGCAGUGACAACAUCAUGCUUGAACAAGAUUUCCAUGCCAUUGGAACGGAUAAAGACUGGGACAAGAACCACCCCGGGAUAACCAAGACUACAACAGUACAAGUCACGCGGUACUGA